AUGGAUCCUAGUCAAGAAGCAUUUCAAACAUUCAUGUUGGGGGGCGAGGCCUCGUCUUCUCUGGAAACCUCGACACCCUCCAAAACAAUUAGUACUCCAUCUUCUUCGUCCAAGAAAGGAACAAAGCGUUUUGGUCCAAUUGUCACUGCGUUUCGGGGAAGGGUUGAGGCGUGGGUUCAAGCAGAUAGUCAGUUGAAUAAUGUUCUUCAUUCAAUCCUGAAUUUAAGAAAUCGGAUUUGGUGGGAAAGGAAGAAGUUGGAGGACAGCAAUCAGAACAAAAAUUCUUGGCACUGUACAGGAUUCCGACAAAGCAAUCAUUCAUUUCUUCUCAAAGAGGAUUUGGAAACUGCUUUUUCUCAUGAUUUGUUGCAACAUGAAAAAAUGUUGGCCGGAGCAAGAACACUGAUUUCAUCGAUGGCUCAGGCACAAGAUGGAAUGGGUCGUCGUCUCGAUGAAUUCUUGGAGAUGGAGGGCUUGACUGAUGCUGCACAAAACAUCCAGGAUGCGAUGCUUCAAGUUUUUCAUUUUCUGGGAGAGGAGCUGUAUCGCAAACAAUGUCUUGUCUCUCGAAUCAUGGAUUCAUGUCAUGAUGGUCUGUUGAGCGAUGAUCUGAAGGAAGAGAAACUGGAUGGAAAUCCUCGAAGUGUUGCAAAGCAAUGCUACAACGCAUGGCUUUCGCGGAAUACUAGAAAAAAUGAAUGGGGUGUCGUGAAUAAACUAUUGGAUUUUUGA